GAGGGAGAGAGCGCGUGUGUUUUACGCAGAGACAGAGGAGAAAGAGAGAGAGCGAGAGAAAGACAGACAGACAGAGAGAGAGCGCCACUCGACUAGCUCUUUUAUACCGGCUAUUUUUGGGCGCUCUACCUCCAUCCUGAACGCCGUUUCCUCCGCUCGCACAAUUGGUCCAGCAGCGGGGUUUAUAAGGAAGGAGGGCUUUACCUGGCACUCACACACUCGCUGCCCGCUCAGGACACUGCAGCAGCGCAGCUUUAUGGCAAAGAAAAACAGCUUUGGAUCAGACGUGUAUUAAUUAUUAUUAAUUUUGACGAGGAGAGCGGUAUAUUUAACGCUCACAAAAGAGAUUUUGUUUUCUGAAGUAUAACUUUGACUUUUGGAAAAUGGCUUUACCUUGCACCAUUUUGCCUUCAAUUUCUACAUUCGCCGGACAGAAGGAGAAACUUUGGGAAAGUAGAUGGAUCGGAGAAGUCGAGAAGCCGCUGGUGUGCGCGGUACCGAGCGUGCAGGAUUCGUUCCGUGGCAGAAAGGACGACGAGGAUCUGAGCGAUUUCUUGGAUCUGGAGUUUAUCCUGGCCAACACGACCGGUCCGGAGAGCAGCGUGGUGGGACCCGCGGACUUUAACUCAGCGGAGCACUGCAACCUGUACCAGACAGGGAGCGCGUACGUGCUGCCUCCGCCACCGUACAGCCUUGUAGCGGAACUGUUGCACUCCGAUGCGGACAGCACGUACGGCAUGAACACAACCUCCACCAGCACCUCCACCACCACCAGCAACAGCAUCGGGAUUCAGGGCCGGUUCGUAGUGAACUCCGGGCCUUUCCCGAGGCAGGACUUUAUCGAGGGGAUCAAAGUUGAGCCGUGCGCGGACGGCUACGGUCCCGUGAUGGGGAUGGUGCCACAGAGCUGCCACAGAAUCAAGCAGGAGGGCAACGUGUCGUGCGCGAUGCCGUUUGACCAGCCGAGGCUCGCCGUCUCUCCGCAAGCAGCGGGGAACAUGACGCCGCCGCUUAGCCCGGACGACCAGGCGCGUUGUCACACGCAGAUCUGCCGCAGCACUUUCCCGCAGAACGGCUACUACGCACCGAGUCACGCGCCUCUACCGCAGCAGCAGCAGCAACACCAGCAGGUGCAGCUGGCCUACGCGGGCGCGCGCGCAUACCCGGGCAUGUUCGACGACGGUCUCGGGAUGGUGCAGCCCGGUGCGCCGCGCGCGCUCCUCACUCCGCCGUCCUCGCCGCUCGACCUGCUCGAGUCCAAGCCGAAGCGCGGGAGACGCACCUGGCCGAGGAAGCGCGCCGCCACGCACACCUGCACGUUCGCCGGAUGCGGCAAGACCUACACGAAGAGCUCGCACCUCAAGGCGCACCACCGGACCCACACCGGUGAGAAGCCGUACCACUGCAACUGGGAAGGCUGCGGCUGGAAGUUCGCCCGCUCUGAUGAGCUCACACGUCACUUCCGCAAGCACACCGGCCACCGACCCUUCCAGUGCCACCUGUGCGAGCGCGCCUUCUCCCGCUCCGACCACCUGGCGCUGCACAUGAAGAGGCACAUGUGAGAGAGACAGAGAGAGAGAGAGAGAGAGAGACAAACAAGACAAACGGCCAACAAAAGCCAAAGCCUUAUUACUGCCUUAUUUAAGUCAUUUGUACAAGACCAAACGACUGUUUUUUGGGGGGUCGAUAAAGAUUUAUAUUGUUAAUAUUACUUUUGUAAUAAUGUAGCUGGUACUACGUGGGAUUUAUAGAGCAGGCAGUUUAAACUGCGUAAGUGUUUUGGGGACAAACAGCAACCUACAGGGCUGGUCCUAUAAUAUAUACCAAAAAAAUCUCUAUAUCUCUAUAUAUUGCUAUGUUGAAACUGGAAAAAAUAAAAACAGUGUGUAAGUUGAACACAGUGCCUUUAUAGUGAUGCAUGUUGUAGUGAUGAAUUGCAGGAUUGUGCAAAAACAGGCCGACAUCCUGAAAUCAAGCCAAUGUGACGACAAUGUUUUCCUAUUGAAACUGCCUCCAAAUUGUUGUAAGGACCAGAACGUACUGUGCAUUUACUCAUGUUUGAUACACAUUCUCAACCAUUGAAAUUUUCUAGAUAUUGUAUCAUGAAGGUACAAUAACCUGUUCAAGCCCCAUUGUACACUAGCACAUAUACCAGGGCUAGAUGCUCUGCAUUAUUAUUGCUGUUUUUUUUUUUUUAAAGAAUGUGUACAUAAGUUUUAUAUUGUAAGUAUUGUAUUUAUUGUACAUAUUAAACUAAAUUUGAAUAUA